GCGAAGGAGCAAACAUCAAACAACCGAGCAAGGCCAAGUGACGUCAUGCAGCGCCAAAUGUAAUUGAAGUUGUUGUUGUAUGUGUUGUCGUGCGUCACGAGCUUGGCUGAUAUGGUGUAACGUUAAUUCAGAUAAAUUCAAGAAUUUUGACGGUACUUCAUUCAAGUAGCUUGAAAAGUUUUAGAAGCUAAGAGGCAGUGUGGCUGGACCAGCAAGCUUAAUGUUGAGUUCUGCAGAGUUUUUUAAAGAUGAGACUCUGCAAGGUAUAUCAAGAUCAAUUAAACAGUUGCAUCAAAUGCAAGCUGAAGCAGAGGCACAGAAAUUGGAAAAUUUUGGAAUCACAAAGCAAAAUCCACAUUUCAAAAGUCUGUUGCAUCACAUAGACAUGGGUCUUUCAUUAGGUUUGAAUGAACCAAAACAUGGAUAUUGGCCACUUGUUAAAAAGGUCUGUCAUAAAUCAACAAUUCAGAUGGUGCAAAGCCAUCAUGAAGCUGCUGAUGAAAUUAAACGAGGUCAUAUUUGGCUGUACCUGACGUUUAUGGAAAGUUCACUUCCAAGUUAUAUCAAGCUCUUGCGAACCAAUGAAAAAAGUCUUAGAACGUUCUACAGAAAAUACGCGCUACUCCGAGAUACAGAGCGGUGCAUGAUUUUUGAGCAGCUUCUAGUCGGCCUGGAAAUGGUUAUAUUUGUCUUGGACUUUAAUUCGCCGCUCAGCAGCUUUUCUCGUGAGCCGUUAUUCAAACCUCACGAGUUUUAUGCCGCCAAGAGAAAUUCUAAGGGCACCGAGCAGUCGUCUGCCGUGCCUGUUGGCGCACAGCCAUUGCAGGUCUCAAGUGGAACUCAGACACCGCCAGAUGUCACUAUAAGCGAUGAAACAGACAGUGUCAAUGCGCGGUCGACUCCUGACUUAUUGCGUCAGGCAACAAAUGCCCAGCACUCAGGCAGCUCUGCGGUACACGCACACCGUAAUCCUUAUGAUGACGAUAUCGUUACUCAUCUGCGCUCACGUAAACGAGGCGACAGUGCAAAGAGGAAACCAAAAGUCAGGCUUGAAAGCGAGGAUAGCGUCAGUGGGACAUUUUCAAAUGAGCUCGAGGAUGACAAUUAUAUUCCAGAGUUUCAGGACUCAUUCCCAAUUAAAGUCAUUGUCCCGGAUAAACCUAGAGAAUUUAGCAGCAAUGGUAACAAUGGCGAGUUUCUAGACGAGGUAGAGGACGAGGACGUCUAUGAGAAGUUUUUACUUGGUUUGGAUAUACAGACAGAAAACAAGGAGGAAAACGAUAAGCCAACCCAAGGACUAAGUCUGGACCAAGAAAUAUCAAGCUCCAACGCGGAUACAAUGGCCGAUGACCCUAGGGUACUGUCACCGGAGCUUCAUAACACAGAUGAUAUGGAUUCCAAGCCAGCAGAUUCAAGCUAUGCUGAAUUCCAAACCGAUGUCACUCUUCCUUCCAGUGUCAAUUCUGAAGAUGCCUAUCGCAUAACCUAUGUGAGCAAUGAGGAUUUCGACGACAAUGUGGAUCAUUUACGUCAAUCAAGGAAUAAAGAGCGAUCUCUCAGCCUAGAUUCCUUCGAUAGGUUUUGCAGAAGUGGCUCUACCAAUAAAGACGAUCGUGACAAGUCCAGAGGUGCAUAUGAUGAGGACGACGAGGACGAUGACGAAUUUGUUAGGAGAGAGCUUGAUAGGCCAUCACCACCAGCUGAUGCUGUCACGGAUGACUCAUUUCAUACCGCAAGAAGCCUAGAAUUAUCCUCAGAUGCGAUUGGCACGUCACCGAUGAGUGAACAGUUACCGAAAGACAGCGUCGAUAAAGUACUUACCGCGCGAUACGAUACCACUGCAGGAAUUUUACUCCCAACGCUUCCUAGAAGGCCUAACUUUGCAGAUUCUUGUGGAAUGUACCGUGACCUCAGCAUUGACAAAAAUGUCUUAGUUCUACUAUCUUUGGAAAUCUUUGAGAAAUCUACAGAGGCUUUUAGAAAGAUUUUUCAAGUGUACGUUGGGUAUCUAUUUGGCAUUCGAAAGCAGCUUACUUUGUUGAUUACAAAUAUCAAUAUCUAUUUGCUGACUCCAACUGAAGCUAAAGAUUCUGGUUUCAGUAAGGAACUUUCGAUUCCUAUUGACAGCGUCAAUCGCAUUCAGUCUGGAGUCAAUAUGCAAGAUGUUCUUAUCACUCACGAUGAAGGAAAGUUGCAACUGUGGACUGGCAAUGAAAUCAUUACUAAAAAUAUUAUUCUUGCACUGUCAUCAAGUUUAACAGCACAGAACGCAAGAACGGUGUCCGUUGAACAAAUGAAAGUUGACUUCCACAGAAACCUGGACCUCAAAAUAAAAGACUGGUUACUUUACAUUGAGAAUGUCGAGGAAAGCGAGCUGCUUCAUUUUGCGCUGGUGGACUUCCACUCAAUAAGUUCUCAAACGGCAGAUGUAAAAGUUCUCAAAUCUGGUCUGUUGCAAAGAAAAACAAGCUAUCUUGGUGUAGUUCCACACUGGGAAGCUUCGAUUUUUGGACUGAGAGGCCCAUCUUUGUACGAGUAUUACUCCAAGGGGAAUCAUGAAUUAAAACAAGUUUUUGAUCUACGAAAUAAGUGCGGAGGUUGUGUUAGGACGAAACCAUCAGAAAAGGUUCAUGGCUUCAAGGUUCUUAGCACCGAUGGCUCAACCCCUCUGCUAGAAUUGGCUGCUUCCUCUGAAGAAGAUGCUAAUGAUUGGAUUGUAAACAUCUGCCAAGUUGUAGCAGAUUCGAAGCAUGGCCUAGACAGCCAGGUCCGCCCUUUCAUUGAAGGUGUUGCUCCUAGAGCUUUGGCUCUCUCGGCUACAAAGCUGUACAUAUUCAUCGAAAACUCCAGGACAAAGCGACUGCAGUUAAUAGAUUCUUGUACAAUUCAAGAUAUCCCGCAAAUAUGUGUUGACAACGAGGAUCGUUCGUUCUGUGCCGUGCAAAUUGAUGAUAGUAUAGAUAGCUAUGUGGAAACAUCAAAACGAACCUGGGUGUUGAAAUUUCACUCUGAAUACGAGCUUGGUAAAUUUGAACAAAAAAUUUUCGCAGUUUGGCAUACAUUAUACCAGGUUCCACUUCAAUUUGUGCUCCUCGCUGACAAUGACUUCAAACGCUCUAUCAGUGUCUGCCUGGCCACUGCGAAGCACAGCACUGUAUCCUCGAUCGAUGACAGCGCAGCGUCUGUUGCAGCGCUUGCAGAAUUUUGAAUUGCCAGAAUACCACUUAGUUACCACGAAUGGCAUCAGUUAAGACUAAAGGCUGGCUGGCUGGCUGGCCUGCUAGUGUAUGAAGUGUUAUCUCGGAUACUUUUAGCAUUCUGAAGAGCAAUGUGAUGCACAGAUCUAACGUCUAUGUGAGUGAACCCGAGGGUUGUCUGACCUGUACGUUGAAUAGUAACAAGCUUGACAUUGGAACAGCCUUACUUAAAUUAUAUCCUAUGAAGAAAGCCUAUUGCCUACGAAAAGGAGCUCCUGUUGGAAUCCUAAAUUUUCUUCCUUUCCUUGCCAAGUAGCUUGUUUGCAGUCAUAUAAGGUUAACUAUGUUGGCCAUCUGUGCAUGAAAAGGUUUGUAUGUCCGAAAAGAAAGAUGAAAUUUCAAGAUUGCAGAGGAAUUUUGGUGCUGUUGCGUUGGUCGGUAUAAUAGAAAAAUAAAACGAAUUGGUAGAGUUCAGCUGUAUCAGUAUCAGUUGUAGCAAAUACUUGUUUAUUUUAUGACUUUAUGAGUCAGUCUUUCUUUCCUUCCUCUACACAAGAUUUCUAUACACCAGUAGUUUAAUAGUUUUUGCUGCCAUAUUUUCUAUCAUAUAAAGACUCUUUUUAUACUGUGCUAGAUAGAUUUCAUCCGCAUAAGACUUGUUUGAAUGGCCUUGUAUAUGCGGUGCCAGAUAAAUUAUAUCCAUGCCACCAUGCACCCCCCCCCCCCCCCGUUUAUCUUCUGCCAGAUAAGUGACUUAUGACAACAAUCAUGCGUAGAGAAACCAAGGUCGUUCUAAACAGCUAAUAUGCAACCACAACAUAAAUCUCCUCUUCCAACCUGUUUGUUAAUAGAGAUUCAACUUCCUGGUGAAUGUGGGUAUAGAUGAAAGUUUAUCAAGGUAGAGAUGUACACUGUACCAGAGGGCUAUCGGAACUAAUUCAAUUUAUUUUCCUAUGUGAGCUAAUUUGAAGGCCACUUUCAAACCGCCAUGAACACAAAGACGAUACCUAUCUGAACUAAUUUUAAGGCGGAUAAAGUUAAUCUGGUACAUUGUAAACUUAGUCUGGAUCUAUAUGAAGUGCACCAAGCUUAAAUUUUCAUACUGUGAAUAGAAUUUAUUUCUACGAUUUCUUUCUAUGGUUUGCCAUUUCUUAUUCUUAAUGUGCUUCGUUUCAUGAUAGAUUUGUUGCCAUUUUAGGGUGUAUUUUUAUAAAAGGAGUAGCCCCUUGUUGCCAGAAAGCUUUGCUAUUUCUCACGGACGCUGCAAAUUUCCCUUGCAAAUAAAGUGAUUUAUAUUUGUAAGUAGCUUCAUUUUCACGAUCGUACGAGCAAUUUCACGAUAAAAAUACCUAAUGUCCUUCUAAUUUGGAAUGGCAAGAACGGUGCCCUGGUUAAUAUUACUUGAAGAACUGUUCCAUUUGGAAAAUAUCAUAAAGAACCUAAUUGAUUAGUAACAGAAUUUUACACGACAUUUUGGAAAGUUUUUGUAUAGAAGGUUUCUUCAAUGUUUUUCUGUAAAUUCUUUAAGAACGACAAAUUUUGGCAUAAGUACUGAGUCUGAUUCUAAAAUCAAUCGCAAAAUUUUUCCACUGUUUAAGGCGCAAAUGUUUUGCGUAAUCUUCUCUCAGAAUUAAAUUGUUAGUUACCAGUUCAAUAUAUCGCACUUUAAAACGGUGUAAAUUAUUCGUUGGGUUCUGAAUAUACUUUCUAGAAUUUUUAUUGCUGUUUACUCAUGACAAUAAAAAGUUAAUAUAAAGUUGAAAAUUUCCGAUUGUAUUUCGAAGGUAAUGUUAGAAAAUAUUUCAAUUAAAGUUUUUAUCUUAAUUAA